AUGGCAGCAAACGGCAGCAUGCGCAGACGAACCGUCGACGCGCCCGCGAGCCUUCACCCGCGCACAUCGUCGCAUUCCACCCAAACACCCGAACCCUCGCCUAUAGAUUCCAUGCCCGCGCAAUUGGCCUCUGAGAUGCCUUCCAUUUCCACAACAAAGCCGAACGGCGCGCCUGCGCUGCUCAGGAAGCAGUCGUCACCCAUGAUGCCUCCUUUCAUGGUCUCUGCACCCGGCAAGGUCAUCGUCUACGGAGAACACGCGGUAGUGCACGGCAAGGCUGCCAUCGCCGCCGCCAUAUCGCUCCGCUCCUACCUCCACGUCUCGUUCCUCUCCAAAUCGAAUCGGACCGUUAAACUGCGCUUCCCCGACAUACAGAUGGAACACACGUGGAAUAUCGAUGAUCUGCCAUGGGACAGCUUCUCCAAGUCGGGCAAGAAGAAGUACUACUACGACCUCGUCACCUCGCUCGACCCCGACCUCAUGGCCGCCAUCCAGCCCUUCAUCGACGAAGUAUCACCCAAAGCCCCCGAGUCGAUACGCAAGAUCCACCACGCCUCCGCGUGUUCCUUCCUAUACCUCUUUCUUUCCCUCGCGUCGCGCAAAGUUCCUCCGUGCGUUUACACACUACGAUCCACCAUUCCCAUUGGUGCUGGAUUGGGCAGUAGCGCCAGUAUAUCCGUCUGCCUCAGCACGGCAAUGCUGCUGCAGAUACGCGCACUCAGCGGACCCCAUCAAGACCAGCCGCCGCAAGAAUGUGAGCUCAACAUCGAGCGAAUCAACCGUUGGGCGUUCGUUGGGGAGAUGUGCAUACACGGAAAUCCCUCAGGUGUCGACAAUACCGUUUCCUCGGGCGGCAAAGCGGUUCUCUUCCAGCGGAGGGAUUACGACAAGCCACCUCUGGUCAUACCAUUGCAUAGCUUCCCCGAGCUCCCACUGCUGCUCGUCAACACACGACAAUCGCGCAGCACGGCAACAGAAGUCGCCAAGGUUGCCAACCUUCUCAAGGUGCAUCCUGCCCUCACAGAAAACAUCCUCAAUGCUAUUGGCCUAGUAACAGAAUCUGCACAUAAACUUCUCACAUCCCCUGAUUUCGAUGCAACCUCACCAGACUCGCUAAGACAUCUCGGUGAGCUUGUCACGAUGAACCACGGUCUACUCGUCUCUUUGGGCGUCUCACAUCCCAAACUUGAGCGUAUCCGCGAGAUUAUCGAUCACACGGGCAUCGGGUGGACAAAACUUACGGGUGCAGGAGGCGGAGGAUGCGCUAUCACCAUCCUUAAGCCGCAACCACCAGCCCUUACCAACGGUCAUUCAAACGGACACCACGACACCUCAUCAGACGAAUCUGACGACUCUUCCGAAGCGGACGGGGGCGGCGCCGCGUCCGUAAUAUCUAACGGCACAAAGCUAAAGUACAAAAUUCUCGACUCUCUUGAGGUCAAAUUAGAGAAAGAAGGCUUCGAGAAGUUCGAGACGACGCUUGCCGGUGACGGAGUGGGUGUGCUUUGGCCUGCUGUACUACACAAUGGGAACGAAGAGGAAGGCGGAGAGGAGAUUGAUCAAGAGAAGUUCCUUCGGGCCGAGGGCACAGUCGGUAUUGAAAGACUGGUCGGGGUGUCCAGCUCGAAACGGAAAGGCCUCAGAGAGGUUCGAGAGGGAUGGAAAUUCUGGAGACCCUGGGAGGUUCCCGAAGAGUAA